CAAGCGAUCAAAUUUCCUCUCGACAAAUGCAGAUAGUAUUUGGAUAUAAAAGGAGCAGAAGCCAACAUAGCUUAUCAGUAGCCAAAGCUAGUGGCAGCGGUAAAGGUUUAAUAAUUGCUACGAAUACCGUUACAGAAAUGUCCUCAAUCAUACGUUUUGCUGUUAUUGUGAUUGUUGCUUUGGCGCUUUUGACGGCACACACCGCAACAGCCAGCAACUCCCGUCCGCCACGCAACAACGACAUCAGUAACAUGGCCGACGCACUCAAAUAUUUACAAGACCUGGACACAUACUAUGGAGAUCGAGCACGCGCCAGGUUCGGAAAGCGCGCGCCGUUGUUAUUGCUUUUGCGCCAACAUUUGCUUGAAAAUCCUGAUGUGGCUCGAGCCAUUGAAAAUCCUUCCGCUGAUGAACCCUUUUAGAGACAAAUGAUUCUCUUAAGACCACUGGAUUAAAAAUAAGCCCAAAACUAUUAUAAAUGCAAGAAUUAAUAAUAAUUGGAAAAC